CCAAAAAGAAAAAGAAAAGCAAGGGGCAGAGGGGGCUGAAGCUCUAGUGCUGGUAUAGGGAUUUAUUUUGGGAGAGAGGGUGAUAAACGGCUGAGCUCACCAUGAUCUUUACUCUCUGACGCUUGUCUGUCUGCGCGCCACCCUCUCCUCCAGUGGCAUCAUCCAACCUCCUCCUAUAGGCCCAGUCCGUACUCUCACACAGUAAUAUUUUCUUCUCUCCUCCCCUUUCACCCUUUGCCAUCCUCCAUUAGCUGCUAAAAUGUGAAGGUUUUGGUGCUGCUGCUGCUCAACAAAACUAGGGGAAGCCGUGGAGCUAUAUAACAGUCUCUCUUCUCACUAUGCUUGCUUCCCCUUUGCCAGGGCCAAGGACUUUGAAAAGUGGCAAGAGUUAAAGAAAAAGAAGAGGGAAUAGAGUUGUAUCACUUUCUCCUGUAAUUUGCUCAUUUACUUUCUUUACUUGGCAUCUUUGAGGUGCCUCUUUGUGGCUGAUGCUAUUGGGGAAUAGAGUGAGCGAGUGCUGUUGGUGAUGGAAUCGCGGCAGCUGCUUGUCCAAACCCUUUGGAAGACAAAGGCAAGAGUGCAUCGUGACCAGAUCGUAGCAAAGCAAGAAGAGAAGGAGGAGUUGGAAGAAAUUAAGGGUUUAAAGGAAGCAGCCGAAGAGAAAAAGUAGACAAGAGAGUCUAGAUCUCAGGAGGACUCGGUACUAGCUGAUUCAAAAUAUAAAGAGGAGGAGAAGGCCUGCCUUUCCUCAAGCACUUAAGAAGAGGGGGUGGAGAGAGAGAAGAAGAGGAAGAGGAAGAAAUUAGAGGACUGACUACUUUAAGGCUUCCGACUGCAUCAAAUUCAUCAGCAGCCAAAAUAAAACGUUCUUGGACCACCACGGCUUCUUCGUCUGAAUAUGCUCGCCUCUCAGAGAGGAUGGAAGAGAACCGCCGCCGCCGCCACCACAGUCACGACCAGCAGAAGCUCCACCACCAGCAGCAGCGGCUGCCGCCCUAUAAUUCUAGGUUGGGGGCUUUGAGAGGAGGCGGUGGUCAGGUCGUGGAGGUCCCGGGGGGCCACAUUAUGCGGUCCACCGGGCGCAAGGACCGGCACAGCAAGGUGUGCACUGCCAAGGGCCUGCGGGACCGCCGUGUCCGGCUCUCGGCCCACACCGCCAUCCAGUUCUACGACGUCCAGGACCGCCUUGGCUAUGACCGCCCCAGCAAGGCCGUGGACUGGCUCAUCAAGCAUGCGAAGGCUGCCAUCGAUGAUCUCGCCGAGCUCCCCCGCUGGUACCCUCCCACCGCCACCCACUUUUCCAAUCCUUCACCUCCAAAUCAGCACGAUCACCUCCAUGACCAGCCUGUGCCCACCGAACCAAACGCUGAACAAGCCGCCUAUAGCAGCGGUAAUUUCCUCCCUCCUCCAUUGGAUUCCGACUCCAUCGCCGACACCAUCAAGACCUUCUUUCCUAUGGCCACGACCGCUGCUUCAUCCUCUUACCAGGACCACCCGCCGGACCUCCUAUCUCGUAGUAGCAGCCAAGCCCAAGACCUCCGCCUCUCCCUGCACUCCUUGCAAGAUCCCAUCUUUCACCAGAAUCAAAUACCUACUGCAUCCUCCCAGCAGAACUUCCUCCCUGGCUAUCCAGCCUUCGAUGCCACCUCCGCCAGCUGGCCCGAGCAAAACCAGAGAAUUGUUGCAUGGAAUGCGUCGGAGACUAGUAGCGGCGAAGGUGGUGGAGGUUAUGGGUUCAAUAUGCCACCACUCCAGGCGGUGCCGCUGCACCCGGCGCUCAGCCCAAGCCAGCUUCUUUCUCAGAGGGGAACCCUUCAGUCCAGUUUCUUGCCGUCGGUUCGCGCCUGGAUGGAUCCGAUUGCUGCCGCCGCCGCCGCCGCCGCCGCCGCCACCGGUCAUCAGAUUCACCCAGCGGGAGUCCAUUCAUCAUCACCAUCAGUUGCAACCGCAGGAUUCGUAUUCUGCGGUGACGGUGGUUUCUCAGGGUUCCAUAUUCCUCUAGAGGAGCAUGGCGGCAUCGCCGGUAAGCCGCCAUCUGAUUCCUCUGCUUCUAAUCAGUGAUAGAAAGGGAGAAGAGAGAGGUUGACAUAGUGGAGAAGAAAAUUCACGAUCAAGCUUUCGGGGGCUUCUCCCAUUCCAUCUCAGGUUGAAGUUUAAUCAGAUGGCAACUUAAAUUUCCACUUUCUAUCAAUGUUCUCGUAUAUCUUAGAAUUUCUUGGUCUAUAUAGUAGACGGAGAAGGGGGACAGAGAAAGAGAGAAGCGCGUUUUUCUGCUGAUAUGUACGAAACAAGGUUUUUGUUUGCUGGAUUGGCCUCAGUUCAUCUUCUUUUCUUUUAUCUUGCUCGUAUAUUGAUGGGCUCUUAGAGCCCUUCCUUGGCUGCCUUUCUGGCCAUGGCUAGACCAAGUGAUUAUGAUUAUUAUUAUUAUUAUUAUUAUAUUGUAUCAGUUGUAGGGCAGU